AGGUAAGUCAUCACAGGUGACCCCGCGCGUCCCUAGCAACCAGAUAGCAGCGGGUCAAGCCAACCACGAGGUUUAUUACGAUAAUUUUCAGCAACACUUCAACAGUAAACAUAACCCUCAAGAUGCACAGAAUCACCAUGGACAUGGACAUCAGUGACAUGCACUGGAAGAUCAAGGGCACUUCCAAGUUCACCCGCAAGGGGGCGAGCAUUCUGGGCAUCAUAUAUUUCUUUCUUUUCGCCGCGACCAUCAUGUGGACGACCGUUGUGUACGCUUUGCCUGCUCUUUUUCCCGAGUCUGCUGACGACGGCCGGGUUCACUACGGCCUCUUGGUCUUUUUAUGGGGGAAUAUGUUAGCAAACUACUGCUUGUGUUGCACCACGAAGUCUUUCUACGCGGACCACGAGCCGAGGCAUGUUCCCGAGCACUGGAACUACUGCCUGCCGUGCGGGAGACACCUCCCUCCGCGGGCGCACCACUGUCUGUACUGCGACAGGUGUGUGCUGAAGAGAGACCAUCACUGCUUCUUCACCGGAUGUUGUGUGGGAUACUUCAACCAGCGACGUUUUGUUCUGUUCAACCUGUACACGUGUCUGAGUGCUCUCCACGUGCUGGGGUUGCUGCUGCAGUAUCUAGAGAUACUAAACGGUCCCACUAUGGAGAGGUUGUUGUCUUAUAUCUUCCCUGUCAUGGUCUAUGAAUGGUACGUAGGUUCCAUGCCGACCUUCACAGCCCUGGUGAUACUGGAGAUGUACGUGUGUGUGGUAGCUUGUAUCGGGUGCGGAGGGCUGUUCGGCUGGCAGAUGAUGAUCAUCAGGGACGGGCAGACGUCGUACGAGGCCGUCAAGGACAUCAAAUACUUCAACCAGCGACGUUUUGUUCUGUUCAACCUGUACACGUGUCUGAGUGCUCUCCACGUGCUGGGGUUGCUGCUGCAGUAUCUAGAGAUACUAAACGGUCCCACUAUGGAGAGGUUGUUGUCUUAUAUCUUCCCUGUCAUGGUCUAUGAAUGGUACGUAGGUUCCAUGCCGACCUUCACAGCGCUGGUGAUACUGGAGAUGUACGUGUGUGUGGUAGCUUGUAUCGGGUGCGGCGGGCUGUUCGGCUGGCAGAUGAUGAUCAUCAGGGACGGGCAGACGUCGUACGAGGCCGUCAAGGACAUCAAGAGAUAUAACUUCGGCCGGACCCAGAAUCUACGAGAAGUCUUUGGACCCUACUGGCUGCUGAAUUUUGUCUUUCCGAUGUGGACAAAGCUACCAGGAAACGGCAUUGACUGGACCCACACUAAGAUUGUCAAGGGAUACUGA